AUGGGUUGUUGUUAGCAAAUAUCAAUAGUAGAAAAGGAAUCCUAGAUUUAAGGGAUUGUUUCAAUUAAAGAAGAAUUUUCUCCAAAAGCUCUCUAGAUGCAACCUUUCUCCCUAAAUUUAAUAAAAGGAGAUAUGGAUGGUAUAGAUCCUAUAGAAAAUAUGGAAAGAUUAGGGAGUACGUGUGUAGAUAACAUAUUAAAUGAGAAGUAGUGUAGCAAAUUGGAGAACUAACUUAGUGUCUAAUCUAAAAAUGAAGUUAUUAUUAAUUUGCGACAAGCAUCAAAUCCACCCUUAUUGGUUUUGGAUAAUAGUACCAAAAAUCUCAACAAAAAAUUUAUAGGAAUGCUAUGA